CGCGGGCCGCGCCAUGGCCGCCAAGGACAAUCCCUGCAGGAAGUUCCAGGCCAACAUCUUCAACAAGAGCAAGUGCCAGAACUGCUUCAAGCCCCGCGAGUCCCACCUGCUCAACGACGAGGAUCUCAACCAGGCCAAACCCAUUUAUGGUGGCUGGCUGCUGCUGGCCCCGGAAGGAACGGACUUUGACAACCCCGUCCAUCGCUCCCGGAAAUGGCAGCGUCGGUUCUUCAUCCUCUACGAGCACGGGCUGCUGCGCUAUGCCCUCGACGAGAUGCCGACCACCCUCCCACAGGGCACCAUCAACAUGAACCAGUGCACGGAUGUGGUGGAUGGGGAGAGCCGGACAGGGCAGAAGUUUUCCUUGUGCAUCCUGACCCCGGAGAAGGAACAUUUCAUCCGGGCCGAGAACAAGGAGAUCAUCAGUGGGUGGCUGGAGAUGUUGAUUGUCUAUCCCAGGACAAACAAGCAGAAUCAGAAGAAGAAGAGGAAGGUAGAGCCCCCAACUCCUCAGGAGCCAGGUCCUGCUAAGAUGGCUGUGACCAGCAGCAACAUUCCCAGUGCUGAGAAGGUCCCUGCCACCAAGUCCACGCUGUGGCAGGAAGAAAUGAGAGGCAAAGAUCAAGCAGAUGGGGGCAGUGGAAUUGGCCCAGCCCAGAGCCCCAUGCAAGGCCAGGCUGGGGCUGCCAGCUCCAUGAAGGAUCCUGUGCUGGACAGCAAGGAAGAGGAGAGCUCCAUGAACGGAGACCGGAUGGACUGCGGGCGGAAGGCGCGUGUCGAGAGCGGGUACUUCUCCUUGGAGAAGACCAAGCAAGACUCGAAGCUGGAAGAGCAGCAACUGCCACCCCCACCAAGCCCACCCAGCCCCAGCACCCCGAACAACAGGAGAUCCCAGGUGAUUGAGAAAUUCGAGGCACUGGACAUUGAGAACGCAGAGCACAUGGAAACGAACGCGUCGGGAGGUGCUGCCCUUUCCAGUGAGACACGGCAGGGCAGGAGUGAGAAGAGGGUUUUCCCACGGAAAAGGGACUUCACUUGUGAAGGAGCAGCCGUGGGCUCCAUCCUGGACGUGUCUGCAUCACCUCUGUCCCCACACCGCCGGGCAAAGUCACUGGACAGAAGGUCCACAGAGUCCUCUAUGACGCCUGACCUGCUGAACUUCAAGAAGGGCUGGUUGACAAAGCAAUAUGAGGAUGGGCAGUGGAAGAAGCACUGGUUUGUGCUGACUGACCAGAGCCUGAGAUACUACCGGGAUUCAGUGGCAGAGGAGGCAGCUGACCUGGAUGGAGAAAUCGAUUUAUCCACGUGUUAUGAUGUCACUGAGUACCCAGUUCAGCGGAACUACGGCUUCCAGAUCCAUACAAAGGAAGGGGAGUUCACCCUCUCUGCCAUGACAUCGGGCAUCCGCCGCAACUGGAUCCAGACCAUCAUGAAACACGUUCGCCCCACCACUGCUCCUGAUGUAACAAGCUCACUGCCGGAAGAAAAAAGCAAAACAAGCUCUUCCUUCGAGACCGGUCCAAAGCCGAGCGAGAAGCCGGAUGCGGAACAAGCCGAGCUGGACACGGAGCAGAAGCGGAGCCGUGCCCGCGAGCGCCGACGAGAAGGACGGUCCAAGACCUUUGACUGGGCUGAAUUUCGCCCCAUCCAGCAGGCCCUGGUGCAGGAGCGAGCCAACGCUGCAGACUCCUCCAGUAGCGGCUCGGCCGCCUUCCCCAGGGACAGCGGAGCCGCCGACGCCGACCCGGGAGAGCUGGAGCGGGAGCGAGCCCGGCGGCGGGAGGAGAGACGCAAACGCUUCGAGAUGAUCGAUGCCGUGGACGGGGCAGGGUCAGAAGAAGCUCUGAGGAUGGAGGUGGACAGGAUCCUGCCUGUCCCAGCAGACAUCAAACCGCAGAACGUCCACGUGGAGAUCGAGCAGCGCUGGCACCAGGUGGAGACAACCCCCCUGCGGGAGGAGAAGCAGAUCCCCAUCACGCCCCUGCACCUCGCCCACGCCGAGGAGAGGGAAGAGGGGCUGGCAAAGCAGCACCUGACCACGCUGCUGGAGAAGGAGCUGGAGCAGAAACAGAAGGAGGCCCUGGAGCUCCUGGAGCAGAAUCGGCACCUGCAGGAUCAGCUGAAAGUGGCUCUGGGCCGGGAGCAGAGCGCCCGGGAGGGCUACGUGUUGCAGGCAACAUGUGAGAGGGGCUUUGCAGCCAUGGAGGAGACGCACCAGAAGAAGAUCGAGGACCUGCAGCGGCAGCACCAGCGGGAGCUGGAGAAGCUGCGGGAGGAGAAGGAUCGCCUGCUGGCAGAGGAGACGGCUGCCACCAUCUCAGCCAUCGAAGCCAUGAAGAAUGCACACCGGGAGGAGCUGGAGCGGGAGCUGGAGAAGUCCCAGCGCUCCCAGAUCAGCAGCGUCAACGCCGACAUCGAGGCCCUCCGAAGGCAGUACCUGGAGGAGCUGCAGUCGGUGCAGCGGGAGCUGGAGGUGCUUUCGGAGCAGUAUUCCCAGAAGUGUUUGGAGAACGCCCACCUGGCGCAGGCGCUGGAGGCUGAGAGGCAGGCCCUCCGCCAGUGCCAGCGGGAGAACCAGGAGCUCAACGCCCACAACCAGGAGCUGAAUAACCGCCUGGCUGCGGAGAUCACGCGACUGCGGACCCUGCUGACCGGGGAGGGCGGGGGAGAGGCUGCUGGGUCGCCUCUCACGCAGGGCAAGGACGCCUACGAGCUGGAGGUCCUGCUGCGGGUCAAAGAAUCCGAAAUUCAGUAUCUGAAGCAGGAGAUCAGCUCCCUCAAAGACGAGCUGCAGACAGCACUGAGGGAUAAGAAAUACGCCAGCGACAAGUACAAAGACAUCUACACGGAGCUGAGCAUCGUGAAGGCCAAGGCAGACUGUGAUAUCAGCAGGUUGAAAGAGCAGCUGAAAGCAGCCACAGAAGCUCAGGGAGAGAAAUCCCCUGUGAACACCACUGUAUCGGGAUAUGAUAUUAUGAAAUCAAAAAGCAACCCUGAUUUCUUGAAGAAAGACAGAUCCAGUGUUAGCCGGCAACUAAGGAAUAUCAGGUCAAAGAGUCUGAAGGAAGGCCUGACUGUGCAAGAACGCCUGAAGCUUUUUGAAUCCAGGGACUUGAAGAAAGACUAGUUCUCCCCGCUCCGCUUGACCACGCGCACCUCCCAGCUUGAGGCAGCACAGCACCAGCACCGUUUGUCUCUCGUUCCUUACGAUGUCCUUGCUGUCGUUCGUCCUGAUGCCCCGAUGGGACCCGGCACCACCGUGGUGGCAGUGCCCCCCCCUCGCCUCCCCAGCUCCUUUCCCUGCUUGUGAGAUGAUCCAGAGACUCGGAGAGGGAGAGGAAGGGAUUGGAGUGGGGUUUUUUCCCCCCUCUCUUUGGCGCUUUGUAGGAGAAUCCUUUCUUUACUGUAAACCAUUACACUAAGUGUCAGUAUUAAGGCUCAGUAGCCUGUUAAUAAGCUAUAGCUCUGUCGGGAAGAGCGAGCAGGGCCUGGGUGGUGUCAGCCAGACCGAGCUCUUACUGCUGUCUAGAGACCCCGUGCUCAGAGCACACCAGGAGCCUGAUCUAACCAUUGAUCUCGACUGCAUUACUUGCACCUACAAGGGGGGAAAGGCGGGGGAAGCUGUCCGGGAGCGCGAGUCCGUGCAGCCUGGAGGUACAACACUGACAUCUCGCUGGAGAAGGAUGCAAGAAGUGAUUCUCCUGCCCCGUGACUGUGCUGUAUCCUGAAUGUAGGUGCCACCGAAGCCUGGCAAGCUUUGGUGGCUGCCCAGGUGGUUUUGGAUGGGGAGCUGCAGCUACUGAAGUGCACCAUCGAGUCGGCCCCGUCGGCGCGUCCUCGCUCCCGUGUCGCUGCUGGUCGGAGUUGGUGUUCCAGGGGCCGAGCUGUAAGAUCACUUUCUUGCCUCUGUUAGAUCAGCCCAGCACUCUCUCUUUUUUUUUUUUUUUUUGGUUUUUUUUUUUUGCUGUUACUCCCUUCCUCUCAUUGAAUCGUGUAUCCCAGGGUCUGUGCGCAUGUGAAACUCCCUUUUCCUAGUCAAAGGAAAGUAGAGUAGAAAGUAGAGCCAAUAUUGACUGAAAAUGCACAGUGCUCAAUGCAUAUAAUGCUCCUUUUUUACCAGCUUCUUCAAUUCAACUCUUGUCAGCAGGGCAGCUCCUAUUUUAAUUCUUUAAUCUUUUCCUGAAAUAAAAAUCUCAAAACCAG